AUGCAGGCGCCCCAAGUAGGCGACUACCACGGGCCACAACCAGUUCCGCCGGUGGCCGCCGCACCCGCGGCGUCAUCAAGCUUCAGAAAUGACGUCUACCCCCCGGCCUUUGCUCCUUCCACCCCUCGAGCCCAGCCUCCGUUACCUGCACCGUGGUCCACCGGCCUCUUCGAUUGUUGCGACGACGUCGGCAACUGCUGCGUGACUUGCUUCUGCCCAUGCAUCACCUUCGGUCAGAUUGCGGAGAUUGUCGACGGAGGAUCCGUCCCAUGCGGGGCAAGCGGUGCGCUCUACGCGUUGAUGUUCUGCGUCACCGGCUGCGCUUGCCUGUACUCGUGCUUCUACAGGUCGAAGAUGAGAGGGCAGUUGUUCUUGGAGGAGAGCCCCUGUGCCGACUGCGCCGUCCACUGCUGCUGCGAGUCAUGUGCCCUGUGCCAAGAGUACAGGGAACUCAAGAUUCGUGGGUUCAACUUGCACUAUUGGUUGUUGCAUGGUAACCUGCAGGUGCAGAAUGCGACCUUACCUCCGUCCGUAGAAGGUGGAAUGCAGCGUUGA